AUGGCUUUGGAAACAUUCAAGGCAGUUGCUGGUGUAUUUACAGACAUCAAUGCAUGUAGGGAUUUUUUUGGAUGGGUCACACCAUGCAUCCUAGCGGCCCGACAUCAGCUGUUGGGUGAAAGCAGUGCAGCUGUGCAACACCAGAUUCUUGCGGAAAGGGAGCAACUUCGUCAUCUGGAGAAUGACAUUUGGAAGCUCCAGACAACUAUGCCCAAGAUGCUUGACCUCAUUGAGCGUGUUGAGUGGCCGAGCCAUAAGAAACCAGCAACUGAGCUUCUCCCACACAUCAAGGAUGUAGUUUAUGAUGCUGAAGACUUUCUUGAUGAGUUCAAAUAUUAUGCACUCAGGUUGAGGCUUGAGGAGAGCAGGAAUUCAGGUGAAGAACACAUGCAUGCUGCCUUUCAGGAGUUUUUCAUAAGUGUCAAAAAUUGUGACCACUUCAACAAAGUGAAGGAAAUCCAGGGUAACCUAGAUCACAUCCAUUAUCAGUCGAAGGAUUUGAGAUUGCAUAAAGCACCAUUGAAGUUUGACAAAUUAAUCAGGCCAGAAACAAGUGCUUUUUCCGAGGUGCCACAAAUAUUUGGCCGUGAAAAAGAAGUGAAACACUUGGUGCAACAGUUAGGAGUACAUAAAAGCAAGAGAGGGAGGACCGAUGAUGAAGCAAGAGCGUUGUGUGUGCUUCCCAUAUUUGGUAUGGGGGGUGUCGGAAAAACAACUAUUGCACAACAAAUCUGUGAUGAUGCAGAAGUGCAGGAGCACUUUGACUGCAUAAUUUGGACUUGUGUUUCUGAUGAUGUUGACGCAAAGAGGUUAAUUAAAGAGAUUCUGGAGCAGAUGGAACAAGAUACAAUAUCUGAUAAUCUGAAUAAUCUCGUGAGAAAACUGGCUUGUUCUGUAGAAUCUAAGAAGUUGUUACUUGUCCUUGAUGACAUGUGGGGUGAUACAUUGAGAAAUGGUGGCGCGGAGUGGGGCAAAUUUUGCAUACCUUUGAGAAAUGCCCUUCAAGGAAGUAUGAUUUUGGUCACCACUAGAUUUUAUGAGGUUGCUAAUCUAGUCUGUGCUGGCAUGAAGAGCUACGAGUUGGAGGGUUUGCAAGAUGUUGUUUUUUGGGAGUUCUUCAAAUCAUGUGCAUUUGGAUCCAAUAGGACCUGCAAUGACCUAGAGUUGGAGCGCAUCGGUAAAGACAUGCUUCAAGCCUGCCACUAA